AUCGAAGUUUGUUUGGCGCGCAGAGUGUGAGUUUCCCAACAACUUCUUCAACGAUCCUAUCCUAUAAUCCAACAAACGCGAACCAUCGUGGUUUAGUUUUUCUUGUGCGGUUCUAUAUUAUUUAGCAAAUAUUCAAUCAGCGAAAUGAAUUCAAAGCGCAAACCGUUCCAAAAACCUGAGGAUUCAUCCGGGUCCAACAAGAAAUGGAGAGGGGCUGACGAGGAUGAGGAUGAAUUCGACCAGCCGGAUUUCGAAUCUGAGCUGGCCGCAUUGGAAGAGGCUGGUGGUGCCGAGAGUGCCUUAAUAGGUCAGGGACCGGAAGCAGAAAACACCUGCGCCAGAUGGAGUAGACCGCAACCGCGGGAGUAUCAUCCGGGAGAGGAUAAAUUGGUGUUCCAGCAGAUAGACAUCGACCACUAUGUGGGCAAACCGUUGCCAGGAAUGCCUGGUGCUCAGAUUGAACCGGUUCCGGUAAUGCGGAUGUUCGGCAUAACGGAGGAAGGCAAUUCGGUUUGCGCGCACGUCCAUGGUUUUGCACCGUACCUGUACGUGGCCGCUCCUCGGGGAUUCGACAGAUCGCAUCUGUGCGAAUUCCGGAAGGCGUUGGACAAGUCGGUGAUGAACGAUAUGCGCUCGAACAAGGAGAACGUCCAGGAGGCAGUGCUGGAUGUUGAGCUAGUUGAGCGGCAGUCCAUUCUGGGUUACAAUGGGGAGGACAAGUUUACGUUCAUCAAGGUGACGGUUGCUCUUCCGAGACUGUUGGCCGCCGUGAAGCGACUGAUGGAGAAGGAACAGAUGAUGCCCAAUUUCGAUUUCAUGGAUUGCAGGGUCUACGAGAGUAACAUUGACUUUGACAUUCGUUUCAUGGUGGACACUGGUGUGGUGGGAUGCAGUUGGAUUGAGCUUCCGGCUGGGACGUGGACGAUUAGGAAGAAAGGAAAGAGUCCGUUUCCGGAGACCCGGUGUCAGAUUGAAGUUGAUGUAGCUUACAAUGCUUUUAUUGCUCAUGAACCGGAAGGCGAGUGGAGCAAAGUGGCACCAUUUAGGAUUCUAAGUUUUGAUAUUGAAUGCGCUGGAAGGAAAGGCAUCUUUCCAGAGCCGCAGCAUGAUCCGGUGAUCCAAAUUGCUAACAUGGUGAUCCGACAGGGAGAUCAGGAACCGUUCUUAAGGAAUGUGUUUACGCUGAAUACUUGUGCUCCGAUCGUAGGGUCUCAAGUUUUGAGCUACAAGACGGAGCAGGAACUAUUGGAUAAGUGGGCUAGUUUUGUACGAGAAUUGGAUCCGGAUAUCUUGACUGGAUAUAACAUCAAUAACUUUGAUAUUCCGUAUCUUCUAAAUCGAGCGAGUCAUCUGAAAGUCAAGAACUUUGAAUAUUUAGGACGAAUUACGAAUAUUCGCUCAGUUAUCAAGGAGACCGUUAUCCAAUCUAAGCAGAUGGGUAAGCGAGAGAACAAAUACGUCAAUUUUGAGGGCCGGGUACCGUUUGAUUUGCUGUUUGUUUUGCUCCGUGAUUACAAACUACGAUCCUACACUCUGAAUGCGGUGAGUUACCACUUCCUGCAGGAACAGAAAGAGGAUGUGCAUCAUAGCAUCAUUACGGAUCUUCAAAAUGAGAACGAACAAACACGGCGACGAUUGGCCAUGUAUUGUCUAAAGGAUGCCUAUCUUCCUCUUCGGUUGCUAAAUAAACUGAUGUGUGUCGUGAACUACAUGGAAAUGGCUCGUGUUACCGGCGUUCCACUGAGUUGCCUUCUGACGCGUGGUCAACAGAUCAAGGUCAUGAGUCAGCUUCUUCGCAAAUCAAAGAUUUCUGGAUACCUAAUUCCGUCUUAUCAUGGUUCAGGUUCAGAGGAGCAGUACGAAGGCGCCACGGUUAUCGAACCGAAGCGAGGCUAUUAUGCAGAUCCGAUCACAACGCUGGAUUUCGCAUCCCUGUAUCCCAGUAUUAUGAUGGCGCACAAUCUUUGCUACACGACGCUACUUCAACCGAGCAAUAAGGAAAAGCUCAAUCUCACCGACGAUCAGAUCACGCGAACUCCAGCCAACAAUCACUUCGUCAAAUCCUCCGUACGCAAAGGAAUUCUUCCGGAAAUUCUUGAAUCUCUUCUGACUGCUCGUAAACGUGCCAAGGCCGAUCUAAAAGUUGAAACUGACCCCUUCAAACGAUCUGUCCUGGACGGCCGUCAGCUGGCUUUGAAAAUCUCUGCAAACUCUGUGUAUGGAUUCACAGGCGCUCAAGUCGGCAAGCUUCCUUGUCUGGAAAUCUCUGGUUCCGUUACAGCAUACGGUCGAACCAUGAUUGAGCAAACCAAACAGGAGGUUGAACAACGCUAUACGGUAGAAAAUGGCUACGAUAAUGACGCGGUUGUUAUCUACGGUGAUACCGAUUCCGUCAUGGUCAACUUUGGCGUAAAAACCCUUGAACGAAGCAUGGAACUUGGUCGUGAAGCCGCCGAGUUCGUCAGCAACAAGUUCGUAAAGCCCAUCAAGCUUGAAUUCGAAAAAGUAUACUAUCCAUAUCUCCUGAUCAACAAAAAACGCUACGCCGGGCUAUAUUUCACUCGCCCGGAUAAGUACGACAAAAUGGACUGUAAGGGAAUAGAAACGGUUCGUCGCGAUAACUCUCCUCUUGUUGCCAACCUGAUGAAUUCUUGUCUCCAAAAACUUCUGAUCGAUCGCAACCCGGAAGGUGCGGUCGAGUUCGCCAAACAAACGAUUGCCGACCUUCUCUGCAACCGCAUCGACAUCUCCCAGCUUGUCAUCACGAAGGAACUGGCCAAAAGCGACUACGCCGCCAAGCAAGCCCACGUUGAACUAGCAAGCAAAAUGAAGAAACGUGACCCAGGAAGUGCUCCCAAGUUAGGCGACCGUGUCCCAUAUGUCAUCAUCAAUGCGGCCAAAAACACUCCAGCCUACCAAAAAGCCGAAGAUCCUAUCUACGUCCUAGAAAACUGCGUCCCCAUCGAUUCCAAGUACUACCUGGAGAAUCAACUUUCGAAACCUCUUCUGCGAAUCUUCGAGCCCAUCCUGGGCGAAAAGGCGGAAUCGAUUCUGCUGCGGGGUGACCACACCCGUACUCGAUCGGUCGUAACGUCCAAGGUGGGAGCACUGGCCGCAUUCACGAAGAAACGAGACGCCUGCCUGGGCUGCAAAGCGCUGCUCCCGUCGGGUUACGAAGGGCAGGCACUGUGUCAGCAUUGCAAACCCCGCGAGGCGGUGCUCUACCAGAACGAGCUGACGGCUCAGUGUUCGCUGGAGGACCGGUUCUGCCGGCUGUGGACCCAGUGCCAGCGCUGUCAGGGAUCGCUGCACGAGGAGGUCAUCUGCACCAGCAGGGAUUGUCCGAUUUUCUACAUGCGGACCAAGAUCAAGAUGGAGCUGGACACGCAGCAGAAGCGAGUCGCGCGGUUUGGGGUGCCCUCCUGGUAGGGUAAGUAUUACUAUUUUUUUUUGCUGAAUAAAUCGAUUUUUCUUUCUUAUCU